ACCCUAACCCAAUCUCCUACAUUAGUAACUCAAGCACAAACCAAACAAGACCUGUUCUAACUCUCUAGCUCAGUCCUCUUAUCUUUUACCACUCCAAAACCCUCCAAGAAUAUCAUACUCCUCACCAAGAAAACCUGAAAUAACCUUAGGGAAGCAAAAGCAAAAACAACAAGAGCACCAUCGGCAAGUAAAGCUAAGCUACUCAGGAUGAGGAGGAUUGAGCCUUGAGCUAGCUGGGGGAUAUGUUGAAUGAGUUCAUUGAAUUUUUCAGCUGGGAAUUAAAUUUUGGUGGGUAACACCCAGAAACUCUACUUCUUUUCUUCUCCUUCUUCUUCUUCUUCCUCGGCCUUCUUCCUCUUGAUGGUCAUGAAAACUAUUGAGUAGUGCUCUGAUUUGUUAAAAAACAAGGCCAGCAAAGUGAGUAAGGCAGAAAGCAAGAAAAGGAAAGAGAAAGCAAAAAUCCUCUCAUCCCCAAAAGUCUACUUCUUUCUUUCUUUUUAGCUUUCACCAUCUUUUUGAAUCAUUUCAGCCUUUACUUGUACUUUCAUCUGGCAACCUCAUCACAUACAUCCUUCUAGGACAAAAGAGAAAAGACUUGGGAAAGUAUGGAUCCAGUCACGGCUUCAGCUCAUGGUCAUUCCCUCCCACCUCCUUUCAACACUAGAGAUUUCAAUCUUCAGCAAUUCCACCACCAGACCCAUAAUUCAGAAGAUGAGCACAGCGGCACCAGCGGCCUAAACAUGGGCCAAAAGCGAGAUCGCGAGGAAAAGAAUGACAUCAACGGUGGCGAUGGGAAAGAUGGAGGAAGCUCAGCUGGAGACGGAGGAGAAAUCACAAGGCGGCCUCGCGGUAGACCAGCUGGAUCCAAGAACAAACCUAAACCCCCCAUCAUUAUCACCCGUGACAGCGCGAAUGCGCUAAGAACCCACGUUAUGGAAAUCGCAGAUGGAUGCGAUAUCAUGGAAAGCGUGGCGAAUUUCGCCAGGAGACGCCAAAGAGGGGUAUGCAUCAUGAGUGGAACUGGCACCGUAACGAACGUUACGCUUAGGCAACCGGCUUCACCGGGUGCUGUAGUGACAUUGCACGGCCGGUUCGAGAUCUUAUCCCUUGCGGGGUCUUUCUUACCCCCACCUGCUCCUCCGGCCGCGACAACCCUGACUAUAUACUUAGCUGGUGGGCAAGGGCAAGUGGUGGGGGGAAGUGUUGUUGGAGCACUUAUGGCAUCAGGGCCUGUUGUCAUCAUGGCUGCUUCCUUCAGCAAUGCUGCAUAUGAGAGACUUCCACUAGAUGAAGAUGAGAGUUCGCUGCAAAUGCAAGGAGGAUCACUGGGAUCUCCAGGACCGGUUGGAGGGCAGCAGCAGCAGCAGCAGCAGCAGCAGCAAUUGAUGGCGGACCCUUCUUUGUUUAGCAUGCCUCCUAAUCUUCUCAACUCGGUUCAAUUGCCUAAUGAAGCUUAUUGGGCUACUGGUCGCCCUCCAUUCUAACUCAUAACAGGGGAUGAUACUCUAUGACAUUAAGAAGAGUGCUUUUGCUUGGACAAAAUCAUUUGACUGUUUGAAUGGUUAGGUGGCAUGUCAUGAUGCUAUAUUUACGAGAAGAUAGAAAAUGGAAGUAUGGGCUUUAGAAAAUUGCAGUUUCCAACAUUUUUCCCAUUCUGAUGAAUGUUAGAGUUUAUUGGGUUGAACAAUGUAGAGAGCCUUUAUUAAGAGAGUCAUAUAUAUCUGGACAUGUGCACAGUUUCAAACGAGCUCCUUUUCGAGGCAAUGCAGCGGUUACAAUGAAGAAAGAAGGGAAGAGGCAACCAACCUGGACAAGAUGUCUCUUGAGCGUUAUAGUUUUAGAGGCUCGGACUUCAGUUUAGUUUAGUGUAGUUUAGAUUUCUUUGUUCUCUUUAAGAGUGUAAAAUUUAAGGGGUUUGGGAAGGAAGGGAUAGAAUGCAAAAACCAAGACUAGAACACAGCUAAGAAUCUUUGAAUUGAAGCAAGGGUGAGAAACCCUUUCUAGAUUGCUCACAAUGGUUGCUUGUUUUUUAUGCAACAACCCAUGUAAGGGGAGUAAGAUUCACAAGCUUAUCCAUUCUCUAGAAA